CGCAUUUUGUUCUGCGACCGGCCGCCAUACUCAAACAAAAAGAUUGAAAUGAAAAGAUAAAUUUGUAUUUAUUGAAAGUUGUUGUGAGCGUUUUAAUUUACUAAAUGAGUUCUAAAUCAGAUGUAAAUAGAAGAGUGCUCGCCAUACAGGCGAAAAAGAAACGCCAUAAAUUGGGCAAGAAAAAAAAUCGCGAGGAGGAGCACGGCACUGGUGGACAAGGAAACGGGGUGCGCACUCAGCCCUCAAAUCGGCUGGAGCCCACGCACAGCUCGUCCAAUGAGACCAUUGAGGAGGACGAUGACGUGCCGUACAUGAGUGAUGACGAGGAGCAGGAAGACAGCGCUGACUACUGCAAGGGCGGCUACCACCCUGUGCGCAUUGGCGAUCUAUUCCUCAGCCGAUAUCACGUCACGCGCAAGCUGGGCUGGGGCCAUUUCUCUACCGUAUGGCUGUGUUGGGAUCUCGUUGACAAACGUUUUGUUGCGCUCAAAGUGGUGAAAUCGGCGCCCCACUUCACUGAGACAGCCCUAGACGAAAUAAAAAUAUUGAGAUCGGUGCGUGAUAGCGACCCCACAGAUCCCAAACGAAACAAGACCGUUCAAUUACUUAACGAUUUUAAAAUCACUGGUGUGAAUGGGACCCAUGUAUGCAUGGUGUUUGAAGUGCUUGGUCAUCACCUUCUGAAACUCAUACUCAAGUCUAACUAUAGAGGUAUCCCUCGAGAGAACGUCAAAACAAUCAUAAGACAAGUACUGGAGGGCUUGGAUUACCUGCAUACUAAAUGUAAGAUUAUCCAUACCGACAUAAAACCAGAAAAUGUGUUGGUGUGUGUUGAUGAAACCUAUAUUCGUAAAUUGGCAGCAGAAGCCACAGAGUUACAUUCCUUGGGGCUGCGACUGCCCAAUUCCUUGAUUAGUACAGCACCAAAAGAAUUCCAAGAACAAGUAGUGACUGCCAAAAUGAGCAGAAAUAAAAAGAAGAAAUUGAAGAAGAAGGCAAAGCGCCAAUCUAUGCUGCUUAAGAAACAAAUGGAACAGAUUGAGGAAAUGGAGGAGCAAAAGAAACACGAUGUUAACAGUGAGUCUGCUCCCAUGUCACAAGACAAUGACGACUCUCCUCAGACUCCAGAAGAAGCUAGUGUGAUUGAAACACGUUCUGAAGCUGAUUCGAAUAUAAAUGGAUGUGCAGAGUCUCAUAGAGUGGAGGACGAGUCAUAUAACACUGAUACUGAUGUACAAGUAAGAAGCAAACAGUAUGGCUGUGGUGGUGAUGAUGCAGGAACCCCUAUGUCUGAAGGAGAAAUGACUGACACUCCACCAUCUUUUAAUUCUUUAAAAUCUUCCAAAGACAAAUCUGUUGAUAAACAGCCUGAUCCUGCGUUUGACAUCUGUGACUUAGAAGUAAAGAUAGCUGACUUAGGAAAUGCCUGCUGGGUGCACAGGCAUUUUACUGAAGAUAUACAAACAAGGCAGUACCGUUCACUUGAGGUAUUACUGAGUGCUGGCUAUGGGACAUCUGCUGAUGUAUGGAGUACCGCAUGUAUGGCCUUUGAAUUAGCUACUGGAGACUAUUUGUUUGAACCUCACUCCGGUGAUGGCUACAGCCGAGAUGAGGAUCAUCUUGCUCACAUUAUAGAGCUAUUGGGUGAUAUACCCAAGCGAAUUGCAGCUUCCGGAAAAUAUUCUAAAGUAUUUUUUAACAAGAAGGGUGAAUUGAGAAACAUAACAGGUCUCAAACCUUGGGGACUAGUUUCUGUAUUAACGGAAAAGUAUGAGUGGAGUCAAAAGGAUGCGGAAGAAUUUGCCGACUUUUUGAAGCCCAUGUUGGACUUUGAUCCUAAUAGACGUGCCACUGCAUAUGAGUGCCUUCAGCACCCUUGGUUAAAAUCGUUAAAGCCUGAACAAAAAGACCCUGAGGAAUAAUAAACACUGCUCUCUGCCUCUAAGGAAUGAAUGGAUUACUGUUCAUGAAAUCUGUAGUGUAAACACAUGAAUAAUUUCAGUGUUAACAAGUUUAAUCAAAGUUUAUUUAUAAAUUGUUUUAUGAAUAAUUUGUAUUUAGAUAGUUUUGUUAGCAACCCUUGAUUUGGAGAAAAAAUUGUGUGCAACAGUUGGGAUACUAUUGAUACACAAUUUCUGUCUAUAUGUAGCGAUUGUAUAAGAUACAGCCGCUGCAAUGUUAGUGGCAGGCAACAUAAUGGUUGGAUCUUAGUGAUUGGCAUUGAUUACCCAAACUGUACAGAUAGAUAUAGGAAAAAUUGUGAUGUAUGACAUGUAGACAAUAUAGGUUUGUCACAUUAAUCUUAUUGGAAUUUUAUUAGUUGACAUAGCUCUGCACUUAAACCACCUAGAGAGUGAGGAACGUAAUGUCCUGCAUGCAUACGUAGUAGACUUUCAGGUAGUUUGUUCACAUAGUUUAAGUUUGUGUUUUAUCACUAUCACAAUCAAAAAUCUCAUAAUGUAAACCUUAGAAAUAAGUCAGUAUUUGUAAUGCCACACCUCCGAGACUGCCUUUUUGUAUUUCAAUGAGUCAUCUAAAUUUAACUGGCUGGAGUCCAAGACUUCGGAGGCAGUGACAGUGUCCUCGAAACCAGCUGAUAGUUGUAUUAUUUAUCAUAGAUCCCAAUUUACAUGACCAUAAUUUGUAUUAAUUAUAUCUGCAAAUUUACAUGAAUAAAAUGUCAAAAC